AUGGCUGAUAAUGUAAGUCAGCAGCAAACUGUUGCUUUAACAAGUACACCUGUGUUCAGUGUGGCCCUGGAUGAAAGCGUGGAUAUCAAUGGCAUUCCCUGCUUGGCUGUUUUUGCCAGGUAUAGUGACACCGAGGUACUGAAGGUAUUCACUGACCAUUUUGAGAACCGAGGAGUAGACAUAGGAAAGAUUUUUGCAAUUACAACAGAUGGUGCUCCUGCUAUGGUAGGAAAAAACAUGGGUUUUAAUAAGAUGGUUGAGGAUAAAAUUGGGCACCCCAUUCUGAAAUUGCACUGCAUAGUUCAUCAAGAAAAUUUACGUGCCAAGAUCUUGAGCUCUGAUCUCAACAAGGUGAUGACUACUGUUACAAAAUCAGUAAUUUUUCUUGUUGCACAAUCUUCUCUUACGCACAGGCAGUUUCAAGCUUUCCUUGAAGAGGUGGACAGUAUGUACAAAGAUAUACCCUUGCACUGCAGUGUUAGGUGGUUAAGCUGUGGGAAGGUAUUGAAGAGAUUUGUGGAAUGCUUUGAUGAAAUCCAAAUUUUCUUAUCAGAAAAAGGCCAAGACUAUCCUGAGCAGGAGAACAGAGAUUGGAUUGUGAAACUUAUAUUUCUCUCAGACAUCACCAAACAUCUAAAUGACCUCAAUCUUCUCUUGCAAGGUGCAGGAAAAACAGUGAUGGAUUUGUAUGAUACUUGCAAGGUAUUUGUUGCAAAGCUUGCAGUUUACUCGACAGAUAUCAAAACUGGUUCUUUCCGUUAUUUCAAAAACUUGAAGAACUUAAGUGCAAUUCAUCCUGUCAACACUACUAAUCUUCAGUUGUACAUGCAAGAAUUAGUCUGA